AUGACAAGUGGUGCAAACUCUCCAGGAUCUUACCUGCCCUCAAAAAUAAGAGAUUCUAAAAUAGAUGACAACUACUUGAAGGAAUUAAAUGAGGACUUAAUGCUAAGGAAGCAGGAACUGCUAGAGAUGCUCCAACCUCUAGAAGAUAAAAACAACCUCUUAUUUCAAAAGUUAAUGUCUAACUUGGAGGAAAAACAAAGGAGUCUUCAGAUCAUGAGGCAGAUCAUGGCAGGGAAGGGGUGUGAGGAAUCCUCGGUCAUGGAGCUCCUUAAGGAAGCAGAGGAGAUGAAACAGAACCUGGAAAGGAAAAACAAGAUGCUUCAGAAGGAAAUGGAGAUGCUAUGGAACAAGACAUUCGAGGCAGAAGAACUCAGUGAUCAACAAAAAGCACCACAGAUAAAAAACAAGGCAGACUUGCAGGAUGGAAAGGCUCCCAAAUCCCCCUCAUCACCUAGGAAGACUGAGAGUGAACUGGAGAAAUCAUUUUCAGAGAAAGUGAAGGAUAUAAGGAAGGAAAAGCAACAGAGGAAAAUGGAAUGGGUCAAGUAUCAGGAACAAAACAACAUCCUUCAGAAUGAUUUUAAUGGCAAAGUGAUUCAGCUGCGAAUUGAAGCCUUGAAGAACUACCAGAAGGCCAAUGACCUGAAAUUAUCACUGUAUUUGCAGCAGAAUUUUGAGCCAAUGCAAGCAUUUUUAAAUCUUCCUGGGUCCCAAGGUACUAUGGGCACUACAACUAUGGACAGAGUGACUACUGGCAGAAAUGAACACCAAGUGAGAAUCCUGGGAGCAAAGAUCUACACAGAACAACAAGGAACUAAAGGAAGUCAGCCUGAUGAUGCAGGAGGGAGGCUCUUUUUUCUGAGGUCACUGCCAGAUGAAGCACUGAAGAAUUAG